UGCAUGCGCCAAUGCCCUCUGCGAGGCUGUGGCUUUACAUAAUGGCCGUGGUGGUGAUGAGGAAGGCCAGUGGGGGGAGCGGGGACCUGCGGGGACCCCCCCAUGGCUUCAGCAAGCCCCCCAAAGAGCCUAAAGGGGCACAGAAUGUCCUGUGUUACACUGCAUUUGAUGCGACCACAGGAACCUGCAGUGACCUGCUGGAGGAUGGAGUGACCCAGGAUGACUGCUGUCUGAAUCAUCAAUAUGGUUUCCGGCUACAUGAGGGUGCACCCUGCCAAGCCUGCCGCCUAGCUGAGUGGAGUGGAUGGUCCCUGUGGAGCCCUUGCUCCGUUUCCUGUCAGGAAGGAGUCCGGCGCCGCACUCGGACAUGUUACGGCCAGGGCAAAUGUGUCGGGGGCCCACGCCAGUGGGAAACAGAAGCCUGUAACCUGAAAGACUGCUGUCCUGUGAUGGGAGGCUGGUCCGAAUGGAGCGGCUGGACUCCUUGUUCGGUGACUUGUCUCAGAGGGGUCCAGACGAGGGAGCGAACCUGCACCAACCCAGUCCCUCAGUGUGGAGGCAGCUGUCUAGGAGACAACAGAGAGGCACAGUCCUGUGACACCAACCAGAUCUGCCCAACGCAUGGGAACUGGGGCAGCUGGGGGCCCUGGGGGGCCUGCCCUGCCACCUGCACUCCCGAAGGCCCAGGCCCCAAGCCCAGGCAGCAGCGACUCCGUCAGUGCAACAACCCCUCGCCUUCCAGAGACCCUCCCGGCAACCGCUGCCCCGGGAGCGACCGAGAUGACCAAGACUGCAGAGGACUGCCUUUCUGCCCACAGGAUGGCAACUGGGGCACCUGGAGGAGUCACGGCCCCUGCUCUGUGACCUGUGGGGUUGGUCGGGUGGUGGAGAAGCGGUUGUGUGACAAUCCAGCACCCAAGUACGGAGGAAAGAACUGCCCUGGGGAAGACACUCAUCGUCACAUCUGCAGCACCAAAGUGCCCUGCCCAGUGGAUGGGCGGCUGACGGAGUGGACGCCUUGGAGCACUUGUACCCGAAGCGGCACCACUAUGAGAAUCAGCUGUGAUGAGAUCAGCGGGCUUCAGAAGAGAAGCAGGCUAUGCACUGGCAAGGCCCACAAUGGGAAAUCCUGCGGGGGGUCGAAGUUUGAGAUGAGAAGCUGCUACAACGCCCAGGGUUGCCGUUGGCCGGGGGCCUGGACAGAAUGGAGUCCCUGGAGCCUUUGUGAGCCACCCUGUGGACCCAACCCCAUGAAAUCUCGUACAAGGGAGUGCAAGGCCAACUACCCCGAUUACUCGCCGAUAGUGGAAGGUGAGAAUGGGAAAAUACAGAACGUCAGCUUCUGGGGAACCCCAUUCCCCAUGUGUGACCCUCUGGAUGGACAGAAGCUGAAGGUGGUGGAGAAAGUACCUUGUCAAAAUGUGCCCCCUUGUGAAGACUGAUGGUGCAGAAGCAAACACUAUAUACUUCAGCGCUGGAUGCUACUGCAGACUGGGGUGUAUGAAGCCAGUGACUUUGCCAAUUUUUGCUUUUGUAACCUGCUGCAUCUUUUAGAAGUGGUGACCCUGGGACCAAGGAUCUCUUCAUCCCUUUCCCCUGACUAAUUGAUAUAAUAUGUUUUAUACAGUGUAUCAAACCAGUGUUCAUCCUUGCUGGGAGAUUGCAAUCCAGAUUAGAGAACUCACCUUUGUCAAAUAGUAUACUUGGAAACUCAGCAUCUAAAUAAUUUAAAGCAUACCUCAUGCUUGUAAACAAAUAAGUAAGGUGUCAAAACACUGGACAUGUGAUAAAAGAGAAUACAUUGUCA